AUGGAACAGGACCUGAAUGCAUUCGUCCGCCGUUGCAAACGUCAAGGCAACACUUCUAGCAACUCUCGUCCUCUCAUUCCUGGCCCAGCUGGCGCCGUCCAGGCUGCGAUGUAUGCCCGUAGAUCCAACACUAACACACCACUCAUUCCGACCCAAGAAAUUGUGAGGUGUGCGCUCGAAGACAGAUCAACUGAAACUGAUCCUGAUUUCAAUUCAAAUGCUUGGCUUUCAGCCCUGCAAUUGGUGGAAUCUGCCACUCCGCUGGGCACAAUCACAACAAAUGUUGAGAGAGUAGAGAAUGUUGUUGCUGUUAUUAAAUCAUGCACUCUCAAUGGUUUCGGAGAUGCCAAAGUUACCCUCAAGGACCCUACGGACACCGUUGACGCUAGCAUCCAUCGCAAGGCCUUCACUGACGGCGAAUUUGGGAAUGUCAUAACUGUUGGAUCUGUUCUCGUUCUCCAAAAGGUUGCUGUGUUUUCACCGAGUAAAUCUGUUCGUUAUCUGAAUAUAACGUUGACCAGCGUAGUCAAAGUAUUUCCACAGGAUUGCGGACCCCACGACUUCAUCGAUAUCGCUGAGGAUUAA